GGUAUUUCGCGUGGUUUACGAUCCUGUCGCAUGAGCAAGAACCUGCGGCUGCAUUUCCUAACCUCGUCUAACCUCUCAACAGCGGGUGAUCACAUUCGACGUGCUCUGGCGUUUUUGACAUAUGCUACCAUCGUCAGAAUGGUCCUGUUGGAGAACGACGCGUUCUUAGCGGAGUUAACCAAACUCUUUGACAAGUCGCGUCUCUCGGGCUCCGUGUCGCUCACCAUUAAAAGAUUUAAUGGACACAAUAAACCGGUGCCCAGGAAAGGCAGACCUCCUUUGCCGACUCCCACAGAGUACCUCUGCCUAGUUCGUGCAUCGCUUCGUAAUAAAAAAAUCUCCACUGUUAUUCAUUCCAAGGAUGUAAACAAAUUCCAACAGGCGUACUGGAACCUCUUGAAGACGAACGUAAGCGGUCUGAAGAAGCUGAAGAAAACGAAGUCGGCGAAGCCGAAGGUUCACUGACCCAGCGAGGGCUAACUGCGCAACGGUUGUUUAUUUCUUUGUUAUUAAAACUCUUUCAUAUACUGUGUUCGCCAUAUAUUUAUCGACACUACUGUGUAAGCAUACGAACGAAGCGCGUUUUAGCCGUUUUAUGCAGCAUUUUGUAUAGACUGAUGUACAAAAGCGGGGAUUAAUAAUACUGUUAUGAAAGUAUAUACACACGCGACCGAUAAUAUAUAAAAUGCUAAUAUAUAAUGCACACUUUCGUAAAUUUAUGCAACGAUACAGCAGUAAGGGAUAAUUAUUAAGAAUUCAAGAUAGAUAAUUGGGAUAAAUUUUUUGAUGAUCAGGGUAAAAUUUAAAUGAAAUUUAUCAAUGAUUUUACUUGUAUUAUUUUGUUACUCAUUGUCAGAUAUAUAAAUUCUAUAUAAACAUUUUUCGCAAUUUAUGUUUCUAAUCUGAUAUCUUGUUUUUUAAUUAUGGGAAUUGAAUAUAAUAAGAAUAUAAUUUUUGUUAUGUAAAA